GCAUGACAGACUGAAGAUCUGUUGGUCACCGGUUCGAUCCCGGUUCGCGACACUUUUUAUCUUAGAUAUCUUUUUCUUGGACUUUAUCCCAUUUUCGUCGUGUUUCAGAAAAUGAACUUAAUUGUUUUCAUCGCAUUUGCUUACUGUAGAACAAGUGUCCAUCCCAUCGUAUACCUGAAGAUAGCCUAGUCUAAUUUGAGGUUGACAUUCGUAUUUCACUUAAAUUUGAAUCAAGCUAAAUUUAUUAUCAAUAGUACUUAUAAUGUAAUUUGUUCGCUUUGAUCUUCCUGGCCUUUUUAUUGUGAUACUCAACAUCACCGUUUGAGUCACCUUUGAAUGGCACGAACCCAUCGUACGCAAACUCUGGAUACUAAUUUAUUAUUUGCUUUACUUUUUGGAACUUAAACAAAAUUUGUAAGCUGUUUUUUCUCUAUUUUUUAACAGUUCCUCUACGUGAAUUUGCAUAGUUUACAGCAAACAUGGAAGCCGAAUUUCAAAAAUUUCAGCGUGUACUUCAGGAGCAACAGGACAAACGAGAAAGGAUUAUCCGAAUUUCUCGGGAGAUCACAAUCCAAAGUAAACGAAUGAUUUUUCUGCUUCAUCAAGCAUCAUCGAGUGAGUUUCCCCUAUCAUUGGAUUUUGACAAAGCAAAGCAACAUAAACAAAAUAUUCAAAAACAAUUGGAACUGUUAAAGCAAGAACUAGCCGUCCCGGAUGCUGAACGAUAUGCUCCUUCUUGCUCUCCUGGAAUUCAAGAGUUUGUCGAAGCUUAUGCAUUUGAACAUUGGCUGCAACAUCAGACUCUUAUACACCCAAAAGAUAGUAAAUUCCAGAUAGAUAUUGGACUUCUUGAUUAUGUCUUAGGAGUUUGCGAUAUGACUGGUGAGAUCAUGCGUUUUCUUAUAACUCACGGGUCAAAGUUCGCUGUUGAAAAUAUCCUUUCACAUGUUCAGUUUCUUCGUGAUUUAAAUUUAGAAUGCACAAAAUUAAACAACUUGAAUCGUCGUUCACAAAGUGAACUAAAGCAAAAACUUGGUGUAAUGGACAACAGCAUUUCAAAAGUUGAAAGCAUAUGUUACAGCAAAAUUCUCAGAAUGUCUGACCAAACAUCCAUGAAGAGGGACGAAGAAAUUAUAGCUUCUAAACAGAAAAAGCUUCGUAUUCAUUAGAUCCACGAUGACUAUCAUUGCUUUGCAUGCUGAGAGUAUAUUCAAUGGAUGAGAUAAAUAAAAAAAAGACUCAUAUUUUCUUCAAAAACUAUGAAUCACCUAACUGAAAAUCUACAAUAUUCAAAGAACGAGAAUAAAUAUUAAAACAUAAAAGACGGAAAAGAAUGUCGGAAGGAGGUUCGAGUGGUUAACUAUAAACUUCACUUCCCAAGGGAAAGCCAUGGAGACAGGCUUAUGUCGCAUCGUCCCGAUACAAUGGUGCCGUCUGGAAAAACAAAUAACAGGGGAAGUGUUUCGCAGGUGAUAGCUUCCGUAGAAAGCUGGAUCAAACUAACCAGAAUUGUGACACUCCUAGAUAAGCUUUUUUCUGCUUUCUCUAUUUUCGUGUAAUUCAAGGGCCCUAUAUUGCCUAGCCAUAUCUGUAUGUCCGGAGAAAACCCUUCUAUACUUAACUCUAAUGACUGAUUGCUUGGCAAAUAAAUAGGCGGGGCUUCCACGCAUGGUAAAUCUAAAUGUCGAAGAGCAAACUGACUUUGUACUGGUCUUAGAAUUGUACAAUCACAUUGGGAAAUUCCAACGAUAGUCCAACAAACAGAAUCACGGAUUUUUAAUACUUCAUCAUUAUAAGUCUCUAUUGGUUCCCAUUCAACUGGUACAACUGCUUCAUUAGGUAAGUUCUUACAUUGAGCGGAAGUUGCACCCAAAAACCAUCGAGGUUGUGUGCGAUCAGCCGGCAUAAACCCACUUCUGGCGUUUUCAUAUCCAAGUGCUAAAUUUGUUGAAAAUGAAGCUGAGCUUUCUAAAACUAUGCGGUGCAUUUGAUUCACGUAUCCAUCAUCUUGAGCAAUCCCGUCUUUUUCUACUCGGCGGAUAAUUAAAGGGUCACUCAUAAUUUCUGAAAAUUCAUCUUGUAGUUGGAUAACAGAACCAUACCUAAUUGGAACCGCUUCUACAGAAUUAUUCAAGAUCCCUUCUGUGGUGCUCUCGGGUGAUGAAGAAAUUAGAUGAAUACGUAAGGGUGCCCAGCCAUCACUCCUUAGGCAAAAUUGCCGAUUUUCUAAUGUUGUAUAUUUUGUGCGAACCGUUUGCGAAUUUAUUCGGUUGUAAAGACUUAUGACGGACCCGGAACGCAGUGUUAUAUGACUCACCUUAGAUUUUGUGCCUUUUUUGGCCGGCUUUGAUACAACGUCAAUAGGGGAAGUCACCAAAUGCGAUACUCUUUGGUCCGUAACUGUCGAAACAAAAUCGAUGGAAAGCCUUAAGAUUUUCGACUUUGCAGCUGCUAGACUAGAUACAUGCAAAGAUCGAAAAACCAUACACUGUUGAUUAUUGUAUAUUUCACUGAUUGCCUGUGAAUACUGGCCUUCUUCAUUCAUAAUAGAGAUCUCAACUCGAAAGGAUAAGCCAAGCAAAGAUUGAAAUGGACCAUCUAUCAUGAGGACGGGAGGAGGGCAAAGAAAUCUCUUUUCAGAACCAUACGAUUUUUGGAUGACGGAGGCAUGUCUACAUGAGAUUUUUAUCAUUUGGCUUCUUCCAUCUUUCAUUCCCUUGCUAGCAUCAUUCAACCAAAGGUCAGCUCCUUGAUUUAGGUUGUUUUGGCAGAGCAACUCGAUAUUUUUGCUAAUGAGGUCGUUUAUAGAGUUUUCUGAAACAUUUUCAUCUUCCAUAUUUUUUCGUUUUCUGCUUUGCUCAUUCAUCUGAAUAUGUGAAAGGCUGUUAAAAAAGUGACCCUUUGGGUCAUCUUCGAGUUUUGCUUGUACAUGACGAGAACCUGUUUCUGUCUUUUCCACAUUAGUAAGCGCUGAAUUAACAGCGCUAAAUAAAGAAAGGACUUGAAUUGGCAUCGCCUCAGUAUUUACGUUUUGGUCAUUAUUUUGAUCCAAAUUCAAAUCUCCGCGAAGGAUUAGUUCAUUUUUUAAGUUUUCAACUAAUAAAGCAAGUUAGAAUCGUUGCUUUUGAAUAUACAAUUGAAACCAUAAUAUCGACUCUGGUCUUUUGAUGAAUAACCAGUCUAUGUGUACAUACUUUUUAGAUUAUCCAAUGUGAGAGAGUCAUUUUCAUUGGAUUCAGGUAUAUUCCAGCUGCCAAAACCUGCCAUUAUAUAGUCUAUUUUGGCAGUUUAACCCGAGUCGAUUAUUCUUUAGUUUAGAACCCUCAAUAAAGCAUGUGCAC